AUGACUAAACCUGCAGCCGCUGGUCCUCAGCAACCACCAAAAGUCUCCAAGACCAAAGAGUCGGCCUUCUCUCGCAUCGCCAGCGCCGCCAGAAGGGCCACUCGUCCUCCUGUCAACAUUGGCGAUCGGUCUGUCAGGAACGGGAUCGCUGCCGUCUUUGUGGAGCAGAGCAAGUUGCCCAUCGCCCUCGGACAACAGCCUCAAGACAGCAAAACUGGCAUUCAUCCUGACAGUCUCAUGAACAAAAGUCUUUCUAGUCCUCCUGUUGUCGACUCUACCUCUCUCUCCGCUGUUCCUUCUCCCAAGGGUUUCUUGAGCCGUGAUGAUAUUUUCCCCAAGAACUUGUCAAAACCCACGACCAGAACCCGUUGGCCAAAGUUUGACGACCACGUCAACACAACACCUCAGCUCGUCCUCUGCGCUACCCUUCUACCCGAUGUCUCAACUCCCACCGCGGGUUCCGAGGAGACGCCCAACCAGCCACCAAAGGAGGACGUCGUAGAUAGUUAUCAUCGCGAGUGGAUUGCAGCCCUGCAGAAUUCAAUUGAGCAGGACCGCCUCCUCUGGGUCGUGAGAGGGAUUAUCAGGACUUUCGUUAAAGACGCCACCAACGACUCGGAAGACAUUGCUGAAGUUGUCUUGCUAGGACCUAUUCUGGAUCGUGAGUACUACCGCGAGUUACUCGAAAGUGUCGUCCGCAAGUUUGAGGAAUCCGACAGCAUGCUAAAGGAAUCACUCCUCCAAGCACUGGUGCAGCUCGUUCAAUGCGCCAAACCGAGGUACCUGGAAGCUGCCGACUUGAUCAACAUCCUCGGCAUCCUCCGGAGACGCCUGCAGGCAACCCAUUCCCAGUCGACCACGUAUCUCUACCAAUUGACUCUGGGUGUCUCGUCUGUUCUUGAUGUCAUGGCUGAGCACAAAGUCAACGAUUUGAACCGCAUUCAGGAGCAUGAGCCGUUGAAAACAGUCCUGUCUGGAUUGAGAGGGACCUCGGACCCUUACCUGCUGUACCAAGCCUCGUACGCCUUCCAAGCACUCCAGUAUGUUCCCGACAACGAGUCGACAAUCCAGGCACUAGGUCGACAUACGAUUGGGGUUAUGGAGAGCAUGGUCAAGCUGUCGUCUGUGCUCAAACUUGAUCUGGGAGAGUUCUUCGAGGGUCUCAAGGGCAUUGCGGAGGUUGCUGGGACGAUGUUUGAGGGCGCCAAGACUGGAUACGAGGCUGUGUGUUCGUUGGUCGAGAGUGGACAAGGAAUCGUUGAGAGUCUUGGAGACGCGCUAGGCUCUGGUCACAAACGACCGUGGUACUCGGCUGUCCGCCGAGCAGAGGCUUUUGUUCGGGAGGGUCAAUUGGCUGACUUUUAUCGACUAGUCUGUGAGGCACCUUGUCGUAGGGAUCCUUUCUUCCAGUGGGGGAUUUGCCAGUUGCUCGGAGACAUUGCGGCCGAUUCGAAGUGGGAAGUCGAUACACGCCAACAGGCAGUUGACCUUCUUUUCGCCCUCUUCAGGGAUGAGACAGAGUGCCAGGAUGCGAGCGUCAGAGCUUGGAUACUGACUCUCCUUCAGCGGAUCUCGGCCAUACCAGAUGACUCCUUCACGUUCGCCCCUGAUACUUCUCGCCAAGACCAGGCUGUCAAAGGCCGCGCUCGUACCUUGCUAAAGGAUCUCACCACCGACACUGUCGACUCUCCUAUCCAGACUGAGUUUCCUAUCAGAUCCCGCAUGCCACUACCAAGAUCCUCGCGGUUGCUGAAACUGGUCCAAGAUAUACCCAAGAUCGAAUACGACCUGUCUCAGCUGAAGCGGCUACGGAUGAACGACAACCGCAAGGAACUCUAUGUGCCCCCUCAAGCCAAACCCUACCUCAAGGCCCCGGACAAUAUCACAUCUCCCUUGAUGGAGUCUGUGGAGGACUUUCUGGCAAGCAACCGCCUCGUCCUAUUGAUCUUGGGAGACUCUGGGUCUGGAAAAUCGACAUUCAAUCGACACCUGGAACGCGAACUCUGGGACAAGUACCAGCCUGGCAACCAGAAUGAUUCCAUCCCACUGUACAUCAAUCUGGCAGCUACGACCCAGCUCGACCAGGAAAUGAUGAUCGACCAGCAGCUGAAGAGAUAUUAUAUCACCGAGCCCAACAAGAUCAAAGAGUUGAAGGAGCACCGCCACUUUAUUCUGAUCUGCGACGGAUACGACGAGUUGGGGAGCAUGCAGAACCUCUACGUCCUGAACAAGCUGAACCAAGGACAGGGAUACUGGCGCGCCAAGAUGAUCAUCACCUGUCGGAGCAGUAACCUUGGACACGACUACCUGCUCCAGUUCAAGCCCUUGUCUGCUGGACGUUACAACAGCGAUGCGGCGGAUCUUAUUCAGGAAGCGGUCAUUGUUCCUUUCACGGAAGAUCAGGUCAGGGAGUACAUCGACCAAUACGUUCUAGAUGAGCGACCGGAGCAACCAAAGUGGCAGGCUCAGAGGUACAAGAGCACUUUGGAGCUUGUGCCCAGUUUGAUGGAACUCGUCAGGAACCCGUUCCUGUUGACCCUGGCCCUGGACGCGAUGCCGAGACUUGUCGGUAACGAGAAGAACCUGUCGCAGAUCAAGGUCAAUCGCCUCAUCCUCUAUGACAAGGUAGUGGAGGUAUGGAUCGAUAUGGCGGCCGAUCGUUUUGUCGCAGGAGGUCUGAGCAACGUCGAGCGUGAUGCAUUCUACCUUCUGUGUCGCGGAGGAUUCAAGCCCAACGUCAUGGAUCAUCUCAAGAGACUGGCGAAGGCGAUUUUCCAGGAGCAGAAUGGCAACCCCUGUGUCAAGUAUUCCGAAAGGAGGGACAAAAAGACCUGGAAGGGCGAUUUCUUUGGUAUGGACCCCGAGGCGACUGUCUUGCGUCUCUCAAGUCCGCUGGUCCGCAGCGGAGAACAAAACAGUUUUAUUCACCUGUCGGUGCUGGACUACUUCUUUGCGAGAGUCGUUUUUGACCCAGAGGAGUCUACCGUCGACCAUGCCUCGAUUGCAAGCCAUCCUUUCGCCCAUGGGACCAUUGCCAGUUACCCAUCAAUCCUCCAGUUUUUGGCCGAGCGCGUUCAACAGAAUCCUGAGGGUGACUUCAUGAACCAGCUGCUCGACAUCCUUGAGAAAUCGAAAACCGAUGACAAAGGGAGCCAGGCCGCCGCUAACGCGAUCACCAUCUUGGUCAAGGCCGGGCAACGAUUUAACGGCGUCGAUUUAAAGGAUGUUCGCAUCCCAGGUGCAGACCUGACGGGUGGUCAGUUUGAUUCUGCUCAGCUACAGGGAGCCGACUUGACAGGAGCGACACUCACAAGGACCUGGAUCCAUCAAGCCGAUUUCAGCAACGCACAGAUGGCUGGUGUCUGCUUCGGGGAGCUUCCGUAUCUCAAGUCGUCCCACUUCAUACACUCUUGCAGUUACUCACCUGACGGAAGGACGUUCACUAUCGGUCUGAACAACGGCGACCUUGAGCUGUACGAAUCCUCGACCUGGUUAAAGACUCGCACGUUCCGAGGACACACCGACUGUAUCCUAAAGCUUGCUUACUCCUUGAGCAACCUGCACCUCGUCUCUGGUGGUCGCGAUGGCACUGUACGUCUGUGGGAUGUUCACUCGGACCAGCCACUUCUCACUCUGGACGACUACUCCGAACCAGUUGCCGCCGUUGCCUUCUCACCUUCUGGUUGCCAAUUCGCUUCAGCCAGCGGCAAGACUAUUUGGAUUCGAGAGACCAAAACUGGUGCUCAUCUGCUCGUCCUCAACGAACACACUCUUUCCGUCACCAGCGUUGCCUUUUCUUCCAGCGGGUUACAACUUGCCUCCUCGAGCAACGACGGGACGAUUCGAUUAUGGAACCUGAAGGACUCGGGCAAAUCUGCUCUUGUUUUCAGCCGCGAUUCUGGUCCAGUCUACUGUAUCGCCUUUUCUCCCGACGCAGGCAGUCGACACAUUGUCUCUGGCCAUCCGAGGGGGGACGUCCACCUUUGGGACACCGCUACCGGAGAACAUUUACGCAGCUUGUCUGGUCACUCCUCCGGUAUCACCAGCGUGACCUUUUCGCAAGACGGUCGAUGGAUCGCUACCUCCAGCGCAGACGCGUCGGUGAGGCUGUGGAGUGCAAAGUCUGGUAUCCAACUGUCGGUCUUUGAGGGCCAUGAGUCGGCGGUCCAGACUGUUGCCUUUUCCCUGAUCCGUCAACAGAUCGCCUCCUGCAGCUACGAUCGCACCGUACGUUUUUGGGACAUGAGCAUCGCCGUUUCGGGGUCGCCUUCGAGUGCUGCUUUCGCCGAUGGGUUGUCGUCAGGAAUGAGCGGAUCCGUCUGGUGUGUCGCCUACUCUCCUGACGGACAGAGCAUUGUUACUGGAGGCAGUGACAAGGCAGUCUGGGAAUGGAACGCGUCCACAGGCAAGUCGCGGCGGCCCAUCCUUGUUGAUUAUUCGACGACUAUUGGGUGCUUGUCGUACUCACCCGACGGCAAACAGAUUGCGACAGCUGGAUACGACACCGCGGUGCGACUGAACGAUGUUACACAGAGAGGUGGCGGUCUUGAGCUCUGGGGUCACUUUGGAAUAGUGAACGGGGUGGCGUUUUCUCCCUGCGGUCAAUGGAUCGCAUCCAGCUGCUUCGACACAACAGUGAGACUGUGGGACACUCAAACCGGCACCCCUGGCAGCAUCCUCACAGGCCAUACUGGCGGCGCAACAUGUGUUGCCUACUCACCAAGCGGCGAUCAGGUAGCUGCAGGUGGCGAGGAUGGGAGUAUUCGGAUCUGGAAUUCCACCACUAGUUCUGGAGACGCUGUUUUGGAGCUGGUUGGUCAUGAGGGUACUCUCUCUGCUGUAGCCUAUUCUCCAGCUGGCCAGCAACAGAUCGCAUCCUGCGGUGCCGACAAGACCGUCCGCCUCUGGGACGCUCGAACCGGUAGACUCCAAACUAUCCUCCGUGGACAUACCGGCCAGUUGAGCUGUAUUUCUUAUUCUUCUUGUGGUGGAUGGUUGGCGGUCGGUGCGAUGAACGGGGUCGUUUAUUUAUGGAGGAACAAUUACAAGCAACAACCUAUCGAGUCAGCGACUGCGCCUGCGUCGUCGUCUUGGUCUUCGAGCCCGUUGGUGAUCCGAGCCUUCCACGGAGUCGUCGCCAGCAUCGCCUGGAAUCCACAAGGCCAUCCUGAUCAUAACCUCGAGUUCGUGACAGGCUGCGAGGAUAACUCUGUUCGAGUUUGGAGGGUAAUCGAGGAGAAGAACGAGAAGGAAGUAGAAGGCAGCGGCUCUUCUGUACGCAUGGUGUGGGGCUCGAGCUCUGGUCGUCUGGUGGCAGGGGAUGCCAAUAUCCAGGGUGCGAUUGGACUUGCACAAGUCGACAAGAACCUGCUACUCCAACGUGGAGCCAUCGAAGGAGGAUCUGCUCCUUCUGGAGAGUUCUAUGUUGAAGAUCACACAGUUUGA